CAUGGCUCCUGUAGAGUGUGGUGGAGGCGGUCAAUAUGUUGGCCGCCGUGGAGCAGGAGGUUGAGCUCCGACGGCGACAUUAACAUUGCUUCCGAGGAACUUUCUCUUUACCGAACUCGAUACCGAACCCUAUAGUUAAUUACAAGUGUUUCUCAGUGUUGUAAACUGAUUAAUAACACGGACAAUGGAAUUCGACGACUAUGAGAGUUUACCCACCAGUAAAGUGGGUGUACAUAUGACGGCAGGAGCUGUUGCUGGAGUAAUGGAACAUUGCGUAAUGUUCCCCAUUGAUUCUGUGAAGACACGAAUGCAGAGUUUAGCACCAUCACCUGAAGCAGCAUAUCGAUCCAUCCGAGAGGGCUUAACAAAGAUGGUAAGCUCAGAAGGACUCCUCAGACCAAUGGGAGGUGUAAAUGCAGUCAUUAUUGGAGCAGGUCCUGCCCAUGCAUUUUACUUCUCAACAUAUGAAGGAAUUAAAGCAACGUUUGGCUCCAAUAAUGCCUUCCAGAACCAUAUUGUCAAUGCGGGUGCUGGAUGUGGAGCUACACUUCUACAUGAUGCUAUAAUGGUACCUGCUGAUGUUAUCAAGCAAAGGAUGCAGAUGUACAAUAGCCCAUAUAGUUCGUGUUUUGAUUGUUUGCGGAAACUAUACCGAAGUGAGGGUGUUAAAGCAUUUUACCGUUCAUUCACAACACAAUUGGUUAUGAACUUACCCUUCCAUGCUAUUCACAUUGUAACAUAUGAGAAGUUCCAGAGUGUCAUGAAUCCAGAGAGGGAUUACAAUCCCAGAGCUCAUAUGGUAGCAGGAGCAGCAGCUGGAGCUGCAGCAUCAGCCUUCACAACACCAUUAGAUAUGUGUAAAACUGUACUUAACACCCAAGAAACAUCUGCCCUGGUUCAUCUGCAACAGUCACGAGUGGUUGGACUUUUGGGUGCUCUUCGGACCAUUUAUGUGAUGAAUGGUGUUGCGGGAUUCUUCAAAGGAAUACAAGCACGUGUUUUGUACCAGAUGCCAGGAACUGCAAUCUCAUGGAGUAUAUAUGAACUCUUUAAGCACCAUAUGACCAAAAAUAAUAGAAAUGAAAAUCCACCUCCACAUUGGGACAGUGAUCUGAUUAAGGAUAGUGUAAUUAGAGACAAUUUAUGUGAUGCAGAAUCAAGUAAAAGUAGUAGUGAUAAUGAUGGGAAACUUAUGGUUCAGGAAAGGCGUAUUACACUUGGUACAACGACGAAUAAAACUGUGGAACGCUUACGGACACUUCACAUGCCCUCUCUGACAGCAAAUUGUUCAGCAGCAGAUGACAACUGGUUGGGCAAGUAGCAGUGAUGUAGGCAUAGGAAACAAAAUAAAAAUACAUUAAUUCCAUAGGAUGUACAGAUUGUGCCUUCAGUUUGAAUAUUGUUAGAGGGAAAUGUAUUUGAAGUCUAUAUUACUUGCCGAGAAUAAGAUCUCGCUGGAUAUUACACAGUAAGAGUAAACAUGAAAAUGCAGAAGAAUGUGGUGCACAUAGUUAAAAAAGAAAACUGAAUUGGAAUUCAGUCUAGUCAUUGUCUUGAGUGAAUCAGAGGAAGGGCAAGUUAAUUUGAUCAAAUUAAAAUUCAUAGCUAUGACAUUGAUUGGAACAAAUUUUAAAGAAUGAGAAGUGAGGUAUAUUAAGAAUGGAUGGAAAUGUUUAAAGUUUCUGAAAACAAUUGUGAUUCUGUCUACCUAACAUAUAACCAGAAUAUCUUAGAAGUUUCCAGAAUGUAAAUAUUUUUAUAGAAACAUAUGAGUUUGUGGGCAACGACCUUAGGAUAUCUCCAGGCGGUGCUUUAUUCAUGUGAUAAUUGCAAAAUGAGAACGUUGUCUCAAGUACAGUAAUAUCAUUUAAGGCUCAUUUUUCACAAAAAAUUUUUGUGGAAACUUGUGUAUUUCAUGAAUUAGGUCUUGAGAAGCCUGUUGCCUCACUUAAACAUUUUAUGGUAUGUGAUAUGUUAACAUUUUUAUGAUUUGAUGUCAUGUCCAUGUUUGCAACUUAGGAUUUUUUUUAUAUACUAUACAUAUAUAUAUAUAAAUAGUUAUUGUAAUACUAAGAAAAGAUUAAACCUCACUAGGUAUGAAUAUCCAAGGGUGAUGUAAUUUAUAGUGCAUGUUAUUAUUUUAAGAUAAAAAGAAAAGGGGUAGCACAAUACUGUACAUUAUUUAAAUUGGCUUAGUAAAGAAAUUUUUUCUCGUAUGUCUCAUACUACAUUUCUAGAUUAAGAUACUUGAAGUAAAAUGGCUAGCUCUUCCAAUAUUUAUGGAGCACAUUGGUGAUGAAAGUUUGGUUCUUUUUCAGAAAAUGUUAUUUGCUAACUUUGUAUAUUUUUUAUUUUAAGAAUUGGCUAUCCAAGUUUACUGUUGUCUAUAAUUUGUUCAUGAAAUUUCUUUUUGUUAAAUAGCAUUAAAUGCAAUAACGAAUGGCUACUACAUUUUGAAAAUCGGUUAAUAGUUCAUAUAAAAAUUUUAACGAAAAAUCUCCAAUAUGGGUUUGAACUCGGGCAUGCAAGACAGUCUUGUGGCUGUGCUCACUUGACUAAGGGAGUACAGUAUUUAUCUCCUAGGACCUACACAUUGCUGUCCUUUGUUCAUAUCUCAACAGGGAGUAUUUAAGUUAUUGUAUGGUUAUACAGGUAUCCCUCAAGAUACGAAAAUUCAGAUAUUCGAAUUUCCUAAAUUGAAAUACUGUACUUCAUGUUAUGAAAGCUUUCCCUGCUUAUACAAAUUUGGGUCCCGUCAAAAAUUCAAAUUGCGCUCCCCUGGAAAUCUGCUGGGGCAGCCACAUCCCCCGAGCGCUCUCCCUACCAGGCUGAGGAGGGUUAUUUUUUUAGUUGUAUCUUGGGUAUACAGUAUAAACAUUACUUUCUUCAUAUUUUUUCAUUCAGUUACAUGCACACACAAUCCUACAUACAAAAGGCACAAAAAGUAAAAGAAAUAACUAUCAUAAGGUCAAAAAACAUAUAGGGAAUAAACAUUUCUUUGUAUGUGAGAGUGGGGGAGGGGGCAUUGGCAGAAGUGGCCAGGCUGGUUACUAUGGCGACGCUUGAGGGCGCCAACACGUGAAGUAGCCAGCGUGUGGUUUUGUUAAACUUUGGUUUAAUUUUCCUCAAUAGUUUAGCUGUAGAUUUUCAUCUCGAUAGUAUUUUUUUAUUGUGUUGGGUAGUAAAUUACAGUAGUUAAGUACUCUUUAUCAUUGGUUUGGUAGGUUUUUUCUGGUUUGUGAACUGAUUUUGUGUAUUUUCCCCAUAAGUUUUUCUAUUCGAGGUAUGAAAAUUCUAUUUUUUUAUAUAACCUAACCCAUUCAUAUCUGGAGGGAUACCUGUAUAAUGAUAAUGUGUAUCUAUAAAAUCUUUGAGACUUGGAACUGUACCAACUAUUCAUUAGAUCAUCAUCAAUGGUGAUGGCUAGCCUUAAGUACUAUACAGUAUUUGGUUCAAAGGUUUCCUAUGUAUGUUUUCCAAAAUUUCAGUGGGCAGGUUGAUGAAUAACUUCAUUGUGGUGUAACCUAAUUAUUAGUGUCCACUGAUUGGCCUCCUGGUAUUUUAUGCUAAGUAUAUAGGUAUACUGUACUGUAUGUAUAAAAAAAAAAAUUAUACAGGCAGACCAAAAAUUAAUAGAUACCUAUAUAGUGUCCUCAUUAAUCGGCCAUUUUCUCUCUCUCUCUGUAAAAGAUGUAUUCUGUUCCAGUACUUGUUCACAUAUUUUGUCCCUAGUGCUUCACGGAAGUCAGCAGUAGGGCCUUCCUUAAAAGAACACUUGAAACUAUGUAUUCCACUCAUUCGUGCAGGCAGCAACUUCUGGAUGUCUAUCCUAUGGAUCCUUCACCUCAUCUUUCCAUCAUCUUAAUUUUCCUCUCUUCUUCUAACUACGAGUUUCUAACUUGUACUAUGUACAUUUUACAUCUCGUUCACUAGCCAUGCAUUCAAUACCCCCACACAACAUUCUUGAUGUCUUUAAUUAUAGAGGCCCAUUUCUCUCUUUCUGUCACACUCGGAAACAGCAUUCAAAAGUUUUUCCAUUUUCAACAAUACUUUCAAUAUUCUCGCAUUGCUGUUAUAUUUAUGUUCUGUCAUACAUUUUCUUGUAAAUCCAUAAAUGCCUCAAAACAAUUCCCCCCCCCCCCUUUUUUUUUUUAAACUGAAAAUUUUCACUCCUGUGCUUUACCAUAAAACCUGGAUCCACAUGCAUCCUUCCCUUUCUUAACAGACACUUUCUCCUCUACUCUGCUCUUGUUGCAAUUUUCAGUGCUUCAGUAAUUAUUUUAUAUUUUAUAAAUAAAUAUUUUGUACUUAAACAACUUAAACUUGGUCUCCUAUCAUCCAGUUACAUUUAAAUCCCUGGUUUCUAGGUGAAUUUAUAAUCUAACAUGUGAUUUAUGGAGUCUUCUGUAUAAUUUUGGUUACAUAUACAGUAUUGUAAAUCAUUUAAAAUUAUUAUAGUAAACUAUGGUGAUUUUGAUGUUGGGUAAAAUAAUAUAAUAUCUAUUACUACUGUUUUUCAUCAUUUGCUUCAAUCUAAAAAAAUAUAUAUAUAUGAUAAUGGGUUCUACCUGAAACUACUUGCAAUUUCUUGUAUGCUGUAUGUAGACACAUAGUUCUGUAUACUUGGUAAAUGAGCAUAGAAUUUUUCUAAUGCUAUCUCUUAAAUUAAAUUUUUUGUCCUCUGACGCCUUUUGAUGUACAGUACUGUACUUGGGUUUUAACAUAUACUGUAUGUCAGGAGUUGAAACUUCCUUUGUCUUAUACAGUAUCUUUGUAAGGAGUGAACUGUUUUGUAUGAUUUUCAUGUAGAAACAGUUUGUCAUCAGUUUACUGUAUUAUAUAAAGAACUGUUUUUUCCAAAAGUUAUAUGCUUUGGUGUUGGUGCUUUGACCUUGAGUGUACGGAGUUGCACAGUUAUCUGCUUCUGAAGGUUUGUAGUGCAUUUAUGGCUUUUCAGAUCCAGAUUUAACACCAUGUAGUAAAUGACACAUGUAUACAGUGCAAGUUUUGAUACUUAAAAUGUUUUUCAGAAACUUAACUUAAAAAAACUCUAUGUAUACAUUAACACUAAAGAAUGCAGAGUAUACUGUAUAUAUACAUGCCAUUUUUAUUUUGAAUUGACUUUAGCACUUGUAUUUUAAAUUUUUGUAAAUCAUUAUGUAAGGUAUUGUUUGUUUUUAAUGUCUAUUUUUUUAAUGGGACAAUAUGCUUGAAAAGAACUAGUGCAACUUACUCUACUGAUUGAGGACAGUUUACACAGGAAAAGAAUGCAGAAUUUGGAGCAAACUAUGGCCUUACUGAAGCUUGCUGUUACUGCUUCUGUAAAAAUGUAACUGCAAAACUUGAAUAGGCCAUUGAGAAUUUGCUAUGUAUAGAUACUGUCUUUAGCCUUUGUCAGCCUUGCAAUGCUUUGUUUUUAAGCUAUAUAUCCUCAUCGUCUACCCUUUCUCAUUCAUUAUUAGCUACGUGUUAGGAAGAGUAACUAAGAGCAUUGUCACUAACCUUGUUUGAAGUGUUAUGACAAAUGGUAGCUACUUUCAAAUUUGUCUUUUGCUCUCUCUUGCUUAAAAAAAAAAACCAAACUAAGCUUUGAUCUGAGACCACCUAAGGAUCUCCAUUUCUUAUUUUCCAUUCACAUUUUAUGAAUUUAACUUCAGAUUUUUUUGUGAAGAGUUUGACAUGUGCUUUUAGUUUACAGAACAGUACCUUGCAGUAGUUUUCUUGAGGUAUAUUUAGAAAAUCCAUAUUUUUCUUUUUACUGUAUAGUCAUGAUUGAGGAAGGGGAGUUGAGUGGAUACAUAUGGAAAGGUAGGAUUUUGAAGGUGGGGGUCAUACUCUUAGUAAAAAAAAUGGACUCAUUGUAGGAAGAUAUAAAGAUGAAUAAUGUGAUCUUGUAAAGUACAGUAAUACUUCAGGAGGAACAGCUGCAUUUCUCUUUACUUUUGUAGUGUAACAGUAAUUGGCAAGUAAUAUAUAAUACGAUAAGCUAGUCAUUUUGAUUAGUUGUGGAGUUUAAAUUGAAUUAUCAUUUUAGGAAAAUCUAGAGAAAUAUACUGUAAGUAAAUAAAGUAGAAGGUGGAGCAUGAAUAUUGGUCAUGUGGAGAGAACAGACACUGAGUAAGAAUAGAUGUACAGUAUAGGAAAGACAUAUUUAAAAUGAAAGCGAGUAGAAAUUGUUAUUGGCAAUCUGUGACAUUUCCAAAGUUAACUAUUUAAAUUGGUUGUUUACAUGUGCUGGUGUAGAACUAAAUUUCCAUGAGUGAGUGUCGUCAUUUGAGUAAAUUAAUCGGUGACAACAUUUUCAGUCAUUGCGUGUGUGACAAUUAUUUUUUGGGUCAGUGACUAUAUGGGUGAGUCUGUAACUAAUAAUUUUGUGUAGACUAUGAAGUGCAGCUUUAAAGAUAAGGAUAUCCUUGGAUCAUUUCUUACAAUACGAUCAUCAUCCAGUCAUGUGAAUGCCAAAUUUUGGCAAGUUUAUACAAAGAAAAAAAAUACUGUAUUAGCACAAUAUUGUUAACCAGAGCAUUAAACUUUGGUGAAGGCAACAUGAUGCUGUUUGGCCAUUUAAUAUUUUGAAAACUGUUUACGGGCAUGCAGUUAUAUAUAGGCAGUCCCCGGAUUACAAAGUAAUUCCGUUCCUGGGGACAUUCUUAAGUCGAAACACACUAUGUGCAUACUGUACUUACAGAAUGUCUUGAAAUCCCACUAUAUCAUAGCCCAAGUCCUUAUAUACAUCUAAAAUCACUUAAUUUAUGAGAAAAAUAUGGCAAAAUGCAGUAAAUGAAAGUAAAAAUUAAGUCAUUGAGUAAAUAAAAUACUGUAAAUUUAGAAUUUAUCCUCGUUCGUAUCGGCGGAUGUCCAUAAAUCGGACAUUCGUAACCCGGGGACUCCCUGUAAACAUUUUAAAAUUGGUAUUUUGCUUCCUUAUUGGCAUAUCAGAUUAAGUGCACAUUAUAACUCGCCUCUAAAACUUUGGUAUAGUACAAUAAUAUUUUUGAACUGUUAGCAAGUCCUUUUUGUGGGAGUCGAGAACCUGCUUCUCUGGGUUACAAUACUUUGGGUUUCCUUUUCAUUCCCAAAUAAUCCUCUUGAAAAUACAAGCAUUAGUAUGAAAAAUUAUUCUAUGGUGAUCUUGGUAAUUGUGAAAUGUAAUUUGGUCAGGAUUUCGUGCUUUCAUCAGCAUCCAACUGCAGCAAGGCAAAGCAUUAUAAUUAUAAGGUAGCAAGGCAAAGGCAGCAUCUACACAAGAUUCUUCAAUACCUGUGGAGAAGCUUCAAGCCCAGGGAGGUUUAAUCUUUUCCAGUAUUGUUGUUAAUCUCAGAUGUACAGAAGAACUAUUUAAUGAGAAAUAUAUUUACAUUUUAUA